AUGUCGCGCAAAACGCACCCCCCAACAGCACCCUACAGCGAACCGCUCCUCCCACAACUCGACAUCCCAAACCCUUACUAUACAGACCUCCACCACAACCUGCGCGCCUUUGUCCGCGAGUACGUCGACACCUCGAUCGCGCCGUAUGCACAGGAAUGGGAAGCAGCGGGCCAAGUGCCCGAGGCCGUGCGCCGCCGGCACUUUGAGCUGGGGUUUGGGAUCGUUCACCCGCUCACCUCCGAAGAGGACUCGGCCGGUCUGGCCCUGCCGGGGAAUGUCCCCCGGGAGAAGUGGGAUACGUGGUGCUCGCUGAUCGUGUCGGAUGAGAUGACCCGCGUUGGGUUCGUGGGUGUCAUUUGGGGCCUCGGGGGUGGGAAUGGUAUUGGGUGUCCGCCAGUCGCGAGGUUUGGGACUCCCGAGCAGCGGAGGCGCUGGUUGCCCGGUGUUGCGAAGGGGGAUAUUCGGUUCUGCUUGGGUAUCACGGAGCCGGAUGCUGGCUCCGAUGUGGCCAAUAUCCGCACCACGGCCAAGCGCGACGGUGACCACUAUAUUGUCAACGGCGCAAAGAAGUGGAUCACCAACGGCCUCUGGGCCGACUACUGCACCGCAGCUGUCCGGACUGGUGGCCCCGGCCGAUCGGGCAUCAGCCUGCUGGUCAUUCCCUUGACCGCGCCGGGCGUGACUCGCCGGCGCAUGUAUAACUCGGACUUCAAUCCCGAGCGCCUCGCGCUAGCAUGCGCGUCCCUCCGCCUCGCGCGCGUCUGCGCCGAAGACGCCUUCAACUACGCCAUCCAGCGCGAGACGUUCGGCUCGCCUCUGAUCCAGAAGCAGGCGAUUCAAUCCAAGAUCUUCAAGUUCGGGCUGAUGAUUGAGCCCGCCUACGCAUUCAUGGAACAACUCGUCAAUAUCCUCGAGCUGACCAAGGACCGGCCCGUCGACGACGUCAAGAUCGGGGGCAUGACUGCGUUGCUGAAGGUCAUGUCUACGCGUGCGCUGGAGAAGAGCGUCCGGGAGGCGCAGCAGAUUCUCGGCGGGGCCGGGUAUAACAAGGCUGGCAAGGGGGCCAGGAUCGAGCAGAUCAGUCGCGACGCAAGAGUGCAUGUUGUUGGUGGUGGGAGCGAGGAGAUUAUGAUGGGACUGGCACUGCAGGAGGAGACGAAGGCGUUAAGGACGAGGAGGAAGGCGCUGGAGAAGCGGCAGUCCAAGGUGUAA